UUUAAUAGGAAACACCAAUAUUUAUAAAAAAGUUUCGAAAUGUUUACCUUUAAGUAACAAACAAAGCAAUUCAGUGUCCAAACCACAACUUUUGGAUUGAUUUCCAAUACAUACCUUGUUGUAUUAAUAUGAAUCGAAUCCUGUGAUCUUAUCUCAAUAAUUUCGAUUGAUUAUCACAUUUUUACUUGUCCAUAAUAAAUGUCAAAAUCUUGUAGCCAUACUCUAGUACUUCAUUAAAAAAAAAAGGUAAAAUCAAUAAAAUAAUAUUCCUGAAUCCUGUGUUGUCGACUGUCGUAGACUAAUGCUAGUACUAGUACCGAUUUUAGAUGUCUUUGCGGUCACGGGUCAAUAACAGUCGAUCAAAAGGGUAUAAAGUCGGCGUAAGAUCAUUGCGUGUAUUUACGAUAGUCCUUAAAGGCUAAAGCUUGUGCAUGAAAUAUCAUAUUAAGUGACGUUUUAUAGAUCCUCUUUGAAGAAAAUCCUUUGAAUUAAUAUUAUCAUUCUAGGGUUGACUCGGAAAUAUACCUAAUUAUCUAUCCUAAUUAUAACAGAUGUAUUAAAAAAAUAUUUCUUAAUUCAUUAAUAUAAUUGUACCAUAUUGUAAGGUGUACAAGAGAAUUAAUUAAGUGGUACAAGACACAGUAAUUAUGGCAAAUAACUAUAUGGCUAAACAAAACUCUGAAUAUAUAUCCUACAUAAUUGGAUUAAGUUUAGCGAUUUCAUCUAGUGUCUUUAUUGGCAUAAGUUUUAUUGUCAAAAAGAAAGCCUUAAAAAGAGUAGUAUUAGAAGGUAAUUUGAGAGCUUCAUCUGGGGGUUAUUCAUAUUUAAAAGAACGGCUGUGGUGGCUGGGACUAUUAACAAUGGGAAUUGGAGAGGGAGCAAAUCUCCUAGCAUAUGCUUUUGUACCAGCAGCAUUGGUCACACCUCUUGGAGCACUGAGCAUACUUGUUACUGCAGUAUUAUCAUCUAAAUUUCUUGGGGAAACACUUCAUUUUGUUGGAAAGGUUGGUUGUGUGCUCUGUGUUAUCGGUUCUAUUAUCUUAAUUGUACAUUCUCCUAAAAGUGAUAAUAUUAAAACAUUUUCAGAGUUAGUAGUGAGAUUGGGUGAUACUUUGUUUUUGUCAUAUGUAUUUUCUAUAAUCAUAUUAUUUAUGGUUGUAAAGUACUCGUUAGUUCCAAAAUAUGGAAAAACUAACAUAACAGUAUAUCUUAUAAUUUGUUCUGCCAUAGGAAGCCUGUCUGUAGUGUUUUGUAAGGCUAUAUCUCUUGGUAUUAGAGAUGGAAUAAACAGUCAUGAAUCUGAUAUGUUUAUAUUUUGGUUAAUAUUUAUAGUAGCUAUUGCAGGCAUAAUUAUUCAGAUUAAUUAUUUAAAUAAAUCAUUAGACAUAUUUAAUAGUAACAUUGUUACACCUGUUUAUUAUGUCAUGUUUACAACUUUAGUAAUAGUUGCAUCUGGCAUUUUAUUUGAUGAGUGGAUUUACAUGCAGAUUGGUGAUAUUAUCGGUUGUGCCAUUGGUUUUAUUAUACUAAUUUCUGCAGUUUUUACAUUGAAUUUAUAUAAAGCUUCCCACAAUAUACGAUAUAAAAAUAAUAUUACUUAAAUGUUAUCAAUAAUUUUUAUAGCAUAAUUAUGGCUAUAUAUUAUAGUGUGUAUUGAUAUAUGUAAAACAAACUGGAUGGUAUACUUUAAAGCAAGUAAAUAUAAUAUAAUAACCUA